UUUAAAAACAUGUGGAUUCUUUUUAAUGCGAUUUUGACUUCGAUAAUAACUUUAUGUUUUAUAUUUGGAAUUAAAUAUUCUCAUAUUAUUACAUUUAUACGAUGCUUAGCAAUAUGCUUAAUAGUCCUUCCUCUUUCUUACAUAUAUACCCUUUAUUUUAAUAUACGAAACUGGAUAAGAUUUGCUUUAAGAAGUUGUCCAGAAGAACAUGGGAAAAAAGUUCAAGAUAUCAUCAAACAAAUUAGAUUUUUUAAUAAAAUGGAUCUUGGUGUUCCAAUGUGUACAAGCAGGCCUGGGUGGCAAAAUAUGUCACCACAUAAUGCAAAAUAUAAAUCCAAAUUUCAUAAAAUUAAAAUUGAUCUCUAUGAUAUAUUAGAUAUAAACACAGAUAAACAAUAUAUAAAAGUCGAACCAAUGGUGACAAUGGGGCAGAUUACUUCUACUUUAUUGCCUUUAAAUUGGACCUUACCAGUUUUACCUGAAUUAGAUGAUUUGACAAUAGGUGGAUUAAUUAAUGGUUGUGGAAUUGAAACAUCUUCUCACAAAUAUGGUUUAUUUCAGCAUAUAUGUAUAAUGUACGAAGUAGUGAGUCCCACUGGUGAACUCUUAACAUGUUCUAAAGAUGUAAACAGGGAACUAUUUUACAAUAUUCCAUGGUCCCAUGGUACCUUAGGUUUUUUGGUAUCGGCUAACAUCAAGAUAGUACCAGCCAAGCCUUACGUUCAUUUGCGAUAUUUUCCCAUCAAUAAUUCCAAUUUCACCGAAAUUAGUCAUCAAUUCGAAAAAGCUUGUUAUGAUUUGUCAUGCGAUUUCGUCGAGGCCAUCCUAUAUUCUCCGACGGAUUGCGUCAUUUUAAAAGGUAAUAUGUCGGAUUUACCACCCAUCGCCGACGAUUCUAAAAAUCGAGAUAUCACCAAAUUUUCACCCCCAAAGAUCAACCCUUUGGCAGCGUUCUACAAGCCCUGGUUUUACGUUUACGUAGCGGAAUUUUUGCGUAGGGACGAGAAAGGCAAGGGAGACCCGCCGCGCGUACACGAAGAGUACGUGCCUAUAAGGCAAUACUAUCACAGGCACUCCAAAAGCUUAUUCUGGGAAAUCGAACAUAUGAUUCCAUUCGGUAAUCACCCAUUUUUCCGCGUACUCUUCGGCUGGAUGCUACCCUUAAAGGUGUCCUUCUUAAAACUCGCGCAAACCGAAAGGGUGAAAAAAUUGUACGAGAAGCUGCACGUCGCCCAAGAUAUCUUGGUUCCAGCUUCGAAUUUAGAAGAAAUGUUGACCUUUUGCGACGAUAAAUUCGCGUUAUACCCCAUUUGGUUGUGCCCCAUGAAACUUUAUUACCGUAACAGGGGUAUGGUGUACCCGCCUAUUCGACACCUCUUCGAUCACGAUAUCUCCGAAAAUAAUUUCGACAUGAUCCCGAGUAUCCAGAAUAAUGACGACGAAAAUCAAAGAAGCGAGGAACUAACCACAGGUGGCGAUGCUAAAUCUCCGCUAAAGAAGGAUCUUCUUAACGCGGAAUCUUUUGCCGAUUUCACGAUGAUCGAUUCUCGUAAUCUCGCAAGUACUAGAAAUUUUGGGUUAAAAGAAGAAAAAUGGGGGAUGUAUAUAGAUGUAGGACUGUACGGAAUGCCAAAGUCACCGCGGUUUAAACCGGUCGAUAGCUUGCACGAAUUAGAAAAACUUUUGAUCAAAAAUGAUGGUUUCGAAAUGUUUUACGGUGACGUUUAUUUGACGCGUCAAGAAUUCGGUCAAAUGAUGGAUCUCACGACUUACGACAAAUUGAGGACGCGUGCUAAAAUCGGCGAUGCCGACAACGCGACCGAGGGCGAACCUAAAUGGUACUUGCCUCACGUUUACGACAAAGUGAACAAGCUCGCUAGAGGAUAACAAAGACCCGAAUAUAUAAUUUUUUAAUAAAAUUUGUUAAUGUUUUUAUUUAAAAAAAGGAAGUAAUAAUAAUUUUGCUCAAUUUAAGCUUUAUUUUUUAAAAAAAAUAAA